UAAAAGACAUGGCUGCGCAACCUGAUGCUUAACCUGUUUCCCAUUUGACUGAAGAGGUUCGGUGGUCAGGCGUCCUGGCAGGGGGCUAGUGACAGGACAGGCGAGGAAGAGGUUGGACACAGGUUGACAUCUGUAAGCAGCCCAACUACAUGGCUGCAAAAAUUGUGCCAGGGGCGUUCGCCCUGUUGAUCGUCGCAAGCGCUCUGCUCGCAACGACGGCUGAUGCACACGCGGGCCAUUUCCAUCUCUGCCCCGACACACCAAGCGGAAAGAACUACGUGCGCAUUGAGGUCGGGAAUUGCACAACGUUUACCACCGUUAACACUACCGCUAACCUGACGAUGUCCGGGAAGGUGACAAUGUGGGUCUACGCCUACAAGAACUGCAGUGAUUCACUUUCGUCGGCUCUUGAGUUCAAUACAGUUCUUUACCAAAACGGAAUGCCUCUCGCCAGCACUAACACCACAGGUUACGCUUAUACAGGAACGUGCGCUUCCUCCACAAAGUCCGUCUACUACAACAAUGCCUCCAUGGUUCCCGUCAAUGAUGCCACCAACAUGAUCUUCUGGAAGUCCGCUGUCUCGGACGCAAACGGCACCAUCUGCGGUAACGCCGCCAACAGUUUCAUCGUACGCGCCGAGGACGGUAUGGGCAUGCUGGAGGCCAGCCCGCUGCAGUCCUUUGUCUUGUCGACGGAUGCAACAGGCCCCGCCGUAUGCUGCGACCUCUCGCUCUACCCCAAGCCGGACCUCUCAGUCCUCACCAGCCGGACCCAGCCCUGCAACGUGCCGCCCCCGCCAUCACCCCCCGUUCCUCCGUCGCCCAAGUCUUCGCCACCACCACCGUCAUCGUCCGCUGGAUCCGCCGUACGCACCUCGUUUUGGGCAGCUGUGGGGGCUGCCAUGCUCUUCGUUAUGAACUUAUGAUGAUUGUGUAUUGUAGGUGCAGGAGGUAUAUGAACGCAAUUGCGUCGUGGAUACACUGAAUAGAAGUAACAGGCCGUUCGUGAUCUCUUGCGGUAUGCUCUCCUAGGCAGUGAUGCGCCUUCUCCUUCUCCCACCGGUACUUGCUACUUACCUUCAUGCUGCUG